AUGUCUCUGCACUUUUUGGCAGUCGCGACUCUCCUGAAGGUUUGUUUCUGCAGCGAAGAACCGAAUUACCCAGAGCUGAAUCCUGAGUUCGAAAGUUUUCAGGACAUGUCUAAGGGCUUCCCGCUCACUGAAACCUGGUACAUCCUGUACAGAAACUACGAAGAUGACCCUGUAUUUGGCACUGAUAAAUGUGUAAGGUUUAAUCAGGAGAAUCCGGCAACCGAUGGUGAAUAUCCGGUCACCUUCAAGUCUGGAGAGGACAGCGAACCUAUUAACACGAAGAUAAUGCUUGAACCCUCAGAAGGAUAUACCGUAACGAAUCGGAUUAUCCUUUCUCCCGAAGGCCAAAGUGACACGCUGACCGUGUAUACGGCUUACAUGGAUCCGGAUGCAAAGUGCGGUGUCACAAGGAACCUCUACGUUAGCGACACUGCAUGCUGUGUCGCCGUUCCAGAGAGCCAACUGGAAAACCAAUUGAUUAGUUGUGAUUUUAUAUACUACCUACUAUGCGGUACCAACAAAAUCCAAAUUCAUGACGACAGCUGUUAA